CUAGGAAAUAAUAAAAUGGGAAAAGUGUACUCUCUUCUUUUGCGACCAAUUCGUACAUUUAAUAUUGAAAAUCGCGCAGAACGUGUUAUUUCAAAAGAGAAACCAACACCUUCUCCUCAAUAUCCAUCAGUAAAGAAGCAAAUAGAAAUUGUAAAUAAAGUAAAACCUGAUUUUAUGAAGGUUCACUAUCAAAAGGAUCCUCAAUUACAUGAAUAUUUAAAGAAUGUUUAUGUUCAGUCUAUAGAUCUGAAGAGUACACCUAAAGAAGAAAUGAUUUCAGCAGAAUCAUUACCACAAGAUAGUAAUGGAUCCCCCUUAAACAAUAAUGAGUAUUGUGAAACACUUAUGGUUACUGACGAUAAAUGCACUUUACAAAAUGUAAUGCAUUUUAUCAGUAUGCAUUCGGAAAAUCCAACUGAAUAUUCUGUAGAAAAAAUAUCUGAAAUAUAUAAACUAGAUAAACAAAUAGUUGAAAAUAUUAUAAUGAAUUUUAAAUUGUUUCAUUUAAUAAAAAGUAAGGAAGCCGAUCAAUUAAAGUUAAUUUAUAAAGAAGAAGAAAAGAAAAAUUAA